AUGCCUCUCACCGUCCUAUCCCGAUCCCAGCUCCGUGAACUUCUACACGCGCUUUCCCGCGACGAUGUGGUUGCGCUGCAGCGCAAUCUCGCCGAUGCCCUACGAGACUAUUCCAGCGGAUCUCAGGAGAAAGGUUGCUCGGCAGCUUAUCAACCCCAGCGAACUGCCAUUACACGCCAGAAUGGCUGCACCACCCUUUUCAUGCCGGCCAGCACUGGACAGACAAUUGGCAUCAAGAUGAUUUCCCUGCAGGACGGGGCUAAGGCCGGCUGUGCUAUUGAACGUGACAUUGUGGAUACCCAAGAGAAGGAGCAGAUUAUUUCACGCAGACGAGGCUCUUUCCGAAACUCGGUGGCUUCUCUGUCGUCCGACAUGAGUGAUCUAUCUGUGGGCUCUUCUCAAGGCGACAAGGAGGACAGCAAUUCGGUCAGCCCCGUCACAACCACCAAUGACAGCAGUACGACAGCAUCAAGCACAGAUGGCUCUACACUUCUCAGUGGGUGUGUCAACCAGCAAAACGUUACCUCCAACGUCUCCAAAACUCUUGGCGCUUGGCCGGGCGCAGGGGCCCGUGACACCUCGCCUCGCGGCAGUGUAACACUACUCGAUGGCGAGAGUUUGCCUUUCGCUUUGAUUAACGCACAUGAACUAACGGCAUUCCGCACGGCCUUGGCUUCACUGUUGAUGUUCAACAAGCGCAAGAAGGUGCGCACUCUCCUCGUGUUUGGAGCGGGCACCCAGGCAUACUGGCACAUCCGCUUGGCGUUGGUCCUCCGCGGUGAGGACAUUCGCCGAGUAUACAUCGUGAACCGUUCUUUCGAGCGUGCAGCAGAGCUUUUGCGCGAGAUCUAUAAGUCCGAGAACACCGAAUGGCGCCGGGACGUCAAGUUUUCGGCCAUGAGCACCGAUUUCGGCGAGUACGCUCGCAUUUUGAAGGCGCAUGUGCGCAAGGCCGAUGCGAUCUUCUGCUGUACCCCGUCCCCCGAGCCACUGUUCCCCGCAGAGUAUCUUACCACAGGCGAAGGCCGCCAGAAGGGCCGUUUGAUCUGCGCGAUCGGCUCAUACAAGGCCCACAUGGCUGAAAUCCACCCGGAUAUCCUCCGCGACGAGGUCAGUGUGCAACCUCCACAUCGUCAUUGGCACAAACAUAUCACCCGUAGUGGUGUGAUUGUAGUGGAUAGUCUGGAUGCAGCUAUGAAGGAGGCGGGCGAGAUUAUCCAAGCCGAAAUUAAGCCGAAACAAGUUGUCGAGUUGGGUGAGCUGCUGAUGGUGCGUGAUGCCACUCGCAACGCUGAGACAGUGGACGAAGAGAAGAGCCUGCAUGAAUGGUCGCGGCGUGGUAAUGUUAUCUACAAAUCUGUUGGUCUUGGAUUGAUGGACCUUGUUACUGGCGGCGAUCUGGUGCGCUUGGCGCGGGAGCGGAAGCUGGGGACCACAGUGGAGGACUUUUGA